UGCUUUCUCGGAUUCCACUGCCAGCUGCUGAAUAUGGCCUUGCAGUCGCCUUAUUACAAACCGACUAUUCCAUUUAUUGGUCCAAUUAGUGGUGGCCUGAAAGAUGGGAUGACCGUAUUAGUUACCGGAAAUGUUUUGAAGUCCUGCAGAAGAUUCCGGGUUGACUUUCAGUGUGGCAAUUGCCAAAUGCCCAGAUCGGAUGUGGCUUUCCAUUUCAACGUCCGUUUUGAUCAGAACUGUAUUGUAUGCAAUUCCCAUGAAAAGGGCUGCUGGCAGCAAAAAGAAAGAAAACAUGAUAUGGUUUUCCGCAAAGGGCAUCCUUUUGAGAUCUGGUUUCUUGUCAACCUCACCUCCUAUGUGGUUCACGUAGAUGGAAAGAAAUAUUUGAAAUUCAAACACAGGAUCCCUCUUUCCCGAGUAGAUAACAUUGGAAUUUCAGGAGAGCUAUAUGUGGACUCAGUCAGCUUCCAAGGUCCAAUUACCCAUCCAGUUUGUUGCAAACCAAUUUGCCCAACACCUCCACAGAUCUAUCCAGUUUGUUGUAAACCAAUUUGCCCAGCACCCUCACAGGUUCACGUAGAUGGAAAGCUGCAUUUGGAAUUCAAACACAAGGUUUGUCUUUCCCAAGUAGAUACCAUCGGAAUUUCAGGACAACUAAAUGUGGACUCAGUCAGUUUUCAAGGUCCAAUUACCCAUCCAGUUUGUUGCAAACCAAUUUGCCCAACACCCUCACAGCCAAUUGCCUAUCCAAUUGGACAAUGCUUUCAGCCACAAAUUUAUUCUCUCCCUUACCGAACUACCAUCUGUGGGGGCUUUUUCCCAUCCAAAUCAAUAAUCGUCUCAGGUUCUGUGUCCCCUUGUGCUCACAGGUUCCACAUCAAUCUGAAAGUGGGGAACGAUACUGCUUUCCAUCUCAACCCACGAUUUGAUCAGAACGUGAUUGUUCGAAACUCUAAGUUCAACAUGUGCUGGGGCUCAGCAGAGCGACACCUGCCCUGUGGGAUGCCUCUGUUGCGUGGCCAACCCUUUACCAUCUGUAUUCAGUGUGAAGCACACUGCUUCAAGGUGGCUGUGAAUGGACAUCAUCAGUUUAACUACAACCAUCGCAUACAUAACCUGCAUCAGAUAAAUUUGCUCGAAGUGGGCGGUGACAUAACAUUGACCAACAUCCAGGCUUAACGUCGUCAAUAGACGUUCAUUUACAGAUCUCUCACAUCCAGGACAUAAACUGUUUCAACUCCUACCCUCAAAACGAUGCUAUAGAGCACCGCACAUCAGAACAAGACACAAGAACAGUGUUUUCCCGAAGGCCAUCACUCUGCUAAACAAAUAAUUCCCUCAACACUGUCAAACUAUUUACUAAAUCUGCACUACUAUUAAUCUUCUCAUCGUUCCCAUCACCAAUCUCUUUCCACUUAUGACUGCAUGACUGUAACUUUGUUGCUGGCAAUCCUUAUGAUUUAUAUUGAUAUAUUGACCAUCAUUUGUGUUGUAAAUGUUGUACCUUGAUGAACGUAUCUUUUCUUUUAUGUACACUGAGAGCAUAUGCACCAAG